AUGGCGGUCAUGAGUCUCCUCUUGAGAACGGCAGGCCGGGCCGGCCUCCGGCAGCCGCUGACCUUGUCCGCGGGGCUCGGGCGGAGUGCCUUGCUAGGCCCGAGUGCCAGUCGCUCCGGAGUGAUCGUUUCACUGCGCCAUGCCAGCGAGGGAAAAAAGAUGCUUUUCAUCAGAGCAACACGGUUUUAUGAUCACCGGUUUCUGAGAUUAAUGAAUUGGUACGUUAUGUUAACUGGAAUCCCAGUGCUCAUUAUUAUAGCCUUUGCUAAUAUCUAUAUUGGUGAAGCUGAAUUGGCUGAGAUCCCAGAAGGUUAUAUUCCAGAACAUUGGGAGUAUUAUAAACAUCCUAUAAGUCGGUGGAUUUCACGCUACAUCUACUGUCCCCCUGAAAAGGAAUAUGAAAAGGGAAUGGCUAGGUUAUAUAUUGAAUUCGAGAAAAAGAAGUUAAGGAAAUUGGAAGCAGAGGCAAGCCAUCUGAUGUACGAAAGGGGAGAUGGACCCUGGCAUCAACAUGAAGCCCCAGGCACAUCUAUGGUUGAUUAUGCUCCUAAAGCAAACCCUGAUUUCUGAGCAUUUCAGCUGGAAUCACCAGCAGGCAUCCCUACAGAACAGUUAAAAUAUGUAAUGUAUACCUAACUUAAAUCACAUUGUGUGCUGCCCGGGGUAGACAUAGAAUUGGGUGACCUUACAUGUGUAAUUAAAUAAAUAAAUCUUCUUGUACUAGCUGAAAAACUUUUUUUUUUCAUUUGCUGUAUCUUUUUUAUGUAUGUAUAUACGCCAGAAUAAACCCCAUUCAGUUUAAUAUA